AUGUCAAUUGAAGCUCUGGUUAUGGUAGGCGGGGAUUACAUGGAAUGUGCCAUCAAUCUUGAAGCAUGGGAAUGCUAUGGCUCGGAACAGCCAUCUCCAUACCUUCUAGCCGAUCAACAAAAUCCGAGAACCGAGGUAGACAGAAAGGGUGCUGAUAGGUUGGUAGACAAUGGCAAGGUGGUUAAAGCAAAGAUGAGUUCACCUUUCCACAUUGAUACCAUGUCAAUCUCCAUUGAAGCUUUGGCAAUGGCAGGCGCUAAUUACCUUGAAUGUAGUGUUGAUUUUGAACAGUGGGAGCACCGGGACUUGGAUCGACCUCCACCGUAUUUACUAGCGGAAGAAGAUGCAGAAGAAGAACAUGAAGUUAUGAGGAUGUCCGCAGAAGCUUCUCAUAGUGGGAAGAAACAUGCCCUAGAUGAUGAGGGUGGUGAUGGUGACGAUGACGACUUUAAUCCCAAUAAAGAUGAUGGGGAUAGCUCUUGGGAUAAGAAGAUUGAGCUGCCCUAUUUUACUGAUUGA